AACCACACCACAACCUUGUUUCUCCACCAACGUGAACCACCCACAAACUUCUUUACCUCUACGACACUGAAUCUGAGGCAAAUUUCUAACCAUUUCUCGCAUACCCAUUUCACAAAGUUCAUCAAUGGAGAAGGAAAACGAACCCAAAUCACCAAUUUUCAAGAGGAUUUGUGUGUUUUGUGGUAGCAGCCCUGGCAAGAAGACUAGUUAUAAAGAUGCUGCCAUUGAGCUUGGAAGAGAACUGGUUUCGAGGGAUAUUGAUCUGGUUUAUGGAGGAGGGAGUGUUGGAUUGAUGGGAUUAGUCUCUCAAGCUGUUCAUAAUGGUGGUCGUCAUGUUGUUGGUGUUAUCCCCAAGACCCUUAUGCCAAGGGAGAUAACUGGAGAGACAGUGGGAGAAGUGAAGGCAGUGGCAGACAUGCACCAAAGGAAGGCCGAGAUGGCCAGGCGUUCUGAUGCCUUUAUUGCCUUACCUGGUGGGUAUGGAACUUUGGAAGAGCUGCUUGAAGCUAUCACCUGGGCUCAACUGGGAAUUCACGAUAAACCAGUUGGACUGUUGAAUGUGGAUGGAUACUACAAUUCAUUGCUGUCCUUCAUUGAUCAAGCGGUGGAGGAAGGUUUUAUCAGCCCAAGUGCUCGCCACAUCAUUGUGUCUGCACCUAAUGCAAAGGAGUUAGUGAAGAAAAUGGAGGAGUAUGUUCCACGGCAUGAAAGAGUGGCUUCAAAGCUUAGCUGGGAGAGUGAACAAAUAGGGUACCCUACAAAAUGUGAUAUCUCAAGGUGAAGAGAAGAGUGGGAAGGCACUAAUUUGAUUUAGAAGACCAACGAAUUUGCUGAAGUUGGGUUUGUUUUUGUUCUGUUUUUCUGCUUCUGCUUCUGUAAACUACCAACAAAAAGGUGGAGAAGAAAAACUGACAUUAAAAAAAGAAGGUUUAAGAGUCUUAUGUAGUUUGGUUGGAGCUUGGCUUCCUUGUUAGCUGUCCUAAUUGUUUGUUGUUCAAAAGUCAUGGAAGCUUAGCUUAGCUUAGCUUAGAUCAAAUCAAUGUAUCCAAUGUUGUUUCGACCAUUCUCUCGUUUCUUCGAUUUCACUAAUUCAAUUUACGAUCAAGAAUCAACGCAAUGA